AAACGUAGAAAGAAGAAGAAGAAGAAGAAGAAGAAGGAGAAGUAGCACCAAAACGAUGUCGUUUCCAAAUUCCGAAGAUACCCAUCACCAGCACCAACAGCAGGCCACCGGUGUGGAUAAUUGUGAUGAAGUGGGGUGGUAUAUUCUUGGUGAAAAUCAACAGAAUCUUGGCCCUUAUGCGUUUUCAGAGUUGCGCGAGCAUUUCUUGAAUGGGUACCUCUCUGAAAAUUCCUUAUUGUGGUCUGAGGGAAGAAGUGAUUGGCAGCCAUUAUCUUCAAUUCCCGAGUUGACUACAGCAAUAUCUCAACCAGGAGUUGAUUGUUCCAGUGCAGGGCCCCCCAUUAAUGAUGAGGAUGAGUUCGAGAAAUGGCAGAAGGAGGUUAGAGAGGCUGAGGCCUUGAAAAAUGGCUCUGCUUCUGGAAGUGUGGGUGGUGACUUUGGGGAUGAGGAUAAUGAAAGGCCUUCAACACCACCAGAUGGUGAGGAUGAAUUCACUGAUGAUGAUGGGACAACAUACAAGUGGGACCGGGGUCUUAGAGCCUGGGUUCCUCAGGAUAACCCAUCUACAAGAAGUGAUGAAUAUAAGCCAGAAGAGAUGACAUUUUCAGUAGAAGAGGAAAUCUUUCCAACCAUUCAGGUUGCAGAAGACUCUGUGAAGGAAGUCAAUGGCACUGAUGUGGUUGAAGAAACAAAACAUGAUGCCAAGAGAAAAUUGCCAGAAAAGCAAGCAGAGAAGAAGGAAGCUAACAAACCUCCUGAUAGUUGGUUCGAUUUAAAAGUUAAUACACAUGUUUAUGUGACCGGGUUGCCAGAUGAUGUUACUGUUGACGAGGUUGUGGAAGUAUUUUCUAAGUGUGGGUUAAUAAAGGAGGACCCUGAAACAAGAAGACCUCGUGUUAAGUUGUAUAUUGACAAGAACACAGGGAGAAAAAAGGGUGAUGCACUUGUUUCAUAUCUGAAGGAACCAUCAGUUGCUCUGGCCAUCCAAAUUUUGGAUGGGACACCUCUAAGGCCGGUGGGCACGAUUCCUAUGUCAGUGACGCUAGCUAAGUUUGAGCAGAAAGGUGAGAAAUUUGUAGCCAAACAAAUAGACAAGAGAAAGAAAAAGAAACUCAAGAGGGUUGAAGACAAGAUUCUUGGUUGGGGGGGCCAUGAUGAUGCAAAGUUGUCAAUUCCUGCUACUGUUGUUCUUCGGUAUAUGUUUACUCCUGCUGAAAUGAGGGCUGAUCCAAAUUUACGUUCAGAACUAGAGGGAGAUGUACAAGAGGAAUGCACAAAACUUGGCUCAGUGGACUUGGUGAAGGUUUGUGAGAGUCACCCACAGGGUGUAGUUUUGGUAAAGUAUAAGGAUAGGAGGGAUGCGCAGAAGUGCAUAGAGUUGAUGAAUGGAAGAUGGUUUGGUGGAAGGCAGAUACAUGCCAGUGAAGACGAUGGUUCUGUCAACCAUGCCUUGGUGCGGGAUCUGGACGCAGAUGCUGAACGGCUGGAGGCAUUUGGCGCAGAGCUUGAAGAUGAUUGAGUCUUAAUUUGUAGAAUCAAACUGAGAGUACAUGUUUGUAAAAACCCUAGAAAUGAAGAGAUUGUAGGUGACUAUGAUGCUCUAGAAUCAUGUAUCGUCCCAUGAAUAUAGUCUUCUAAAGAAGAAGCUUUUGAACUUAAUUCUGAAUUUUACAUCUAUUCUGAUAUGCUGUUACAAAUAAGAUUUUGCCCAUCUGUAAACAAAAUUUAUGAACAUAUUUGGAACAGAUUUGCCCAUCA